UCCAUGAUGCCUGAAGUGCGAGACCUCUCAGAUGCCUUGCCUGACUUGCCGAUGGAUCCCAUCACGGGUGUUGGUGUGGUUGCAUCCCGGAACCGAGCACCGACAGGUUAUGAUGUAGUUGCACAAACAGCAGAUGGCUUGGAUGCUGACCUCUGGAAAGAUGGCUUGUUUAAAUCCAAGGUCACACGAUACCUGUGCUUCACGAGAUCAUUUUCAAAAGAAAAUAGUCACUUAGGCAACGUCUUGGUUGAUAUGAAGCUUAUUGAUAUCAAGGACACUUUACCCGUGGGCUUCAUCCCCAUCCAGGAGACCAUCGAUACACAAGAAAUAGCUUUCAGAAAGAAGAGGCUGUGCAUUAAAUUCAUCCCUCGAGAUUCUACAGAGGCAGCGAUCUGUGAUAUCCGAAUCCUGGGUAGAUCUAAACAAGCCCCUCCUCAGUACACGUUCAUAGGGGAGUUGAACAACAUGGGCAUUUGGUACCGGAUGGGUAGAGUUCCACGCAACCAUGAGUCUUCACAGCCUGAGACUCCUCCUUCCCAAGUACCGUCUUCAACACCAGCUCCUAACCUGCCGAGGCAUAUCUCGCUGACACUCCCUGCCAGCUUUCGAGGGAAAAAUCACAGCACUCGCCUGGACUUGGAGCACCAGCACUCGAAUUUGUAUGCCAUAUCAGCAAUGGAUGGAGUGCCUUUUAUGAUUUCGGAGAAGUUUGCCUGUGCUCCUGAAGGGAUGCAGCCAGUUGAUCUCUUGGGCAUCACAAUCAAAACCCUUGCAGAAAUCGAAAAGGAGUAUGACUACAGCUUCCGGACAGAGCAGAGUGCGGCGGCCCGCCUGCCACCCAGCCCCACCAGGUGCCCACCGGUCCCACAGUCCUGA